CAUGUUUCAAUGCAACAACAACGAUUCGUUUCUAUGUUUCCAUCGGUCACGAUCUCAACUCAGAGAUAGGGGCAAAACAAGAUAGUUUUCACUGUGAGUAAGCUCGAGUUCCUUUUAAAGGUGAAAAAAUUUAAAUUUUAACUGAAUUCUUCAUUCGUGGAGGUACAAAUUCAUGGUUGAAAAAAAUCAUUAACGCAUUUUUCGAGUGGGGGACUAUGUUGACUCUCAGAGCGAACAUCGCCGAUCGUUUUGCAGUUAUCGCCGUAGUUCGAUCGACCAUUCAGAAUUUCUUGAUUGGAAAGAAUUUUGUUACAUUUGCUAAACCUCAAUCAAGAAUGUCGUUCGAAAUUGAAAAACAGAAAUUCUUGAACAUGCCGCCAGAAGAAAAAAGGAAAUACUAUAAGGGAAUUAUAAACACGAUAGACGAAAUACCAACAUGGUUCCAAUACUGGAAUAAAAAUAAAACAAAUAUAAAUAUGAUUGAUCUCGAAAAAAUUGAAAAGAUCAACGAAGAAAUGGCUAAUAAAAUUUCGAUAUGGCAAGGAGAUAUUACAUCUCUUGAAAUAGAUGCGAUCGUCAAUGCAGCAAACUCGAGUCUUCUUGGCGGCGGUGGAGUUGAUGGAGCUAUACACAAAGCUGCUGGACCUAAUUUGAAAAAAGAAUGUGCUACUUUAGGUGGAUGUCAUGUCGGUGAAGCUAAAAUAACCGGUGGUUAUAUGUUGCCAGCAAAGUAUGUGAUUCAUACUGUUGGUCCACAAGGGGAAAAACCAGAAAAAUUAAAGGAAUGUUAUGAAAACAGUUUAAUCGUUGCUAGAGAAAAUCAAUUGCGCACAAUUGCUUUCCCUUGUAUAUCAACAGGAAUUUAUGGAUAUCCACAAAGACCAGCAGCUAAAGUGGCUUUAUUGACAGUCAAGAAGUUCCUAACAGAGAACAAAAACGCUGUGGAUAGAAUAAUUUUUUGCCUAUUUUUGAAAACCGACAAAGAUAUAUACGAAGAAUUGUUACAAAAAUAUUUUGCUAUUGAUUAGAUUACUCUCUAACAGAAGUAUCCCAUGUUUUGAGAUUAAACUCGAAACAAACAGAGUGAAACUGUAUCAGUAUACACAUCGAAUAAUAUUCAUAGAAAAA